GUGCCAUUCUGAGGCAUUCUCUGCCUUUGUCUGGAGUGCUUUAUGGAGCAUACAGAGAUCAUUACACAGAAGGAAACUCUAAAAUAAAUCCUACUUUUAUUUUUUCCUCCAGGUUGACACUCUUUCUCCCCUUCUUUUCAUUGUAUAUUACAAUUUGCUUCCAUUAUGUGCCAACACAAAGUCAUGGCUGGCAGCCAAGCUGCUUAACAGCUGCAGAGUUCAGGAGUUUUGGACAGUUUUCCUGGCUCUCCUUUGCUGUGUGAUUUGGGAAAGUUCCUCCUUGCCUCCACUUAUCCAUUUCCCCAGAGUAAUAGAGAACAUUAAUCACCACUGUAAGCUGUACUAAAGCCUAGAGAUGAAAAGUGCUUGUUAUUAAUGGUAUUAAUUUAUAAGUUAUACAUUUUCACCUGAACUGUGAAACAUAUAACCACUGUUGCAUUGAACCAGGACUGGAAAUCGGCUUUUUUGGCCAGAAGAACAGACUCCUAGAGUAGAAAAAAGUAGCUUCUAGUCUUCUCUAACAAAUAUAUAACCUGUAUAUUACUUUAAAUUAAAUUUCCAUGGAAAACAUUUGUCUGGACCCAAAGUUUAUACACUGCAUAUUUUGCUUCCUAGACCUUUCUCUUUAAUUAAGUUCUCUUAUUUUUUAAUGAGAGUUUGACCUUGUUUACAAUUACAGAUUUCCUUUUUGAUUUCCCAGUCAUGUAUUAAAAUAGCACAUGAAGCUCCAAACUGCAGGGGAUUGCAUUGCAGUUCUUUCCUCCUUUCUCAUAUUGAAAACCAAAGUGAUUGGUUUCUCACGAGAGGAGAAAUCCACAGAGAGCCAUAACACUCACAAAUCCAAACCAACCAUCUUUGACUUUCACAAUUAUCAUGCAGAUAAGAGACUGUCCCAGCAGAAGUCAGCGUGGCUCACGUUUUCUCUGCCCUAGUGCCAUCACCUUCAGUCACCCAGAAAUCAGGGCUCAAUGGCUUAAAGGUUAGGGUUUGUGUUUACCGACCAAGAAAUUCUGGAUCUGUAAAUUGUUCUGUAAAAUGCUGAAUUUUCUUUUGCCUCUCUCACCACUUUUCCCCCCAGCCCAACGCUCGAUGUAGAUGCGCAGCCCUAAUCGGUUUAGUUGCAAGAAGAUAAUCUUUUUUUCUCCCUUUCUUGCUGUUGCCUGUUAGCUUAAAGGCUUUUUAGCUGAAGGUUGAUAAUUAUCACUGAGAAGAAACUAGCACAUCAGGAGUUCAUUUUCUAUCUUAGCACUUCUGGCGCUCCUUUGAACUCCUCGCACCAAGCCCGUGUUCCCACUCUGUCACUUUCCUCCCUCCAUCAUAAAAAGGUCUCGGCAGCCGCCGGCUCCAGCCUUUGCUGGCGGGCAGAGGGCCUCGCUUCUCCGGCGCCGCUCCGGCAUGGACAAGCUGCAGGAGACCCUGAUGACCAUGGAAGACGCUUUGGGCUCGGAGCACCCCGCCUGCCUGUCAUCCUGGGACUGGAAAAGCCCCGCCGGGCCUUUGGAGCUGCACGCCGCGUCGCCGCCGCACAGCCUGUCCCCGACGCCGUCCUUCGAGUCCUACUCCUCGUCGCCGUGUCCCGGGCAGGCCGAGGCGCCCUACGGCAGCGGCGGCCUGGCCGCCUACGGGCUGCUGGAGCUGCCGGCCGCGCUGCUGCCCAGCCCCGGGCAGGCCCGGCUGCCCAAGGGCACCAAGGUGCGGAUGUCGGCGCAGCGCCGCAGGAAGGCCAGCGAGCGGGAGAAGCUGCGGAUGCGGACCUUGGCCGACGCGCUGCACACGCUGCGCGAUUACCUGCCGCCCGUCUACAGCCAGCGGGGCCAGCCCCUCACCAAAAUACAGACCCUCAAGUACACCAUCAAGUACAUCGGCGAGCUCACCGAGCUCCUCAACGGCGUCAAGCGCGCGUAG